UACGGCCAAGUUGUUGGAAACAAUCAAAACGACGAGAGGGUAAAACUGGAGAAAAAUAAAAACAAGAGAAGAAAAAAAGGUUGCCCGAACGUGCCCAAGGACAUAUUCGAACGCCGUUGCUUCUACUGUGUAGAUAAGAGGGCAGUUACGGGACCGUAAAGUGGCGCGCUUCACCUCUGUCGACUACGCUGUCUUAGGUACCCAGGCCGUUUGUUAUGAGUGUACCACCUUUCGAUUCCAAACCUCAAGUAAGGAGUGCACUCGCGCAGACAGGCAAGCAGGGAGAAACUGAAGCCCAAGUCAAAGGGAGGAACCCAAUUCAGUUUUGCGCUGGGGCUGGCCAUGAUGUGAGUUUGGAAUUUGCAACACCGGUGAGGAGUCCGUAUAUUCAGAAUGUAUUCACGGUCGGGAACCACGUUGAGGUCAAGGACGUGGAUGACAUCGAGAUCAAGAUGAGCUUGUGGGUGAGGACGGGUCAUAGGCCCAAAAGAUUCAAGGUUGGGUCGGUGGUUGUCUCGCCGUCGGCAUUUUCUGUGCUUGGUUGACCAUCGUGUUAGAUAUUUGAGUAGAUCAAUCAGUAAACAAUAUAUACAAGUGAGAAUGGACGGGUAAAACUACGCAAACUGAAG